CUCUCGACAUCCGACUGCCAGUCAAUCAGCCACGAUGCCGUCCCAGAAGUCUUUCCGCACCAAGCAGAAGCUUGCAAAGGCUCAGAAGCAAAACCGCCCCAUCCCCCAGUGGAUCCGCCUGAGGACAAACAACACCAUCAGGUACAACGCCAAGAGGAGGCACUGGCGCAAGACUCGUCUCGGUAUCUAGACGACUCGCCCAUGGGCCCUCAUUUUCGACUUUCGAUUCUCGCAUUCAAGUACACAGCCGCGUACACGACAAAUACAAUCACGAGCGCACCUACGGAAAUCGAUUUCGAAUCGCAAUGACGGGAAUCGAGCGGACAGUCUUCUAAGCGGGGCACAUUAUGUCUUUCUUCAUGAAUGGUAUGGGUAUCUGCGAAUACUCUGGCGCUUUUGCGGGAAUGAGAAAUCGAAUCAUGAUGGGUUAGACUAGGCAGUGGUUUGAGAUACGAAUACACUUGCUGGUCGCAAUGAAUUACGAUGUGCGUGCGUCGUUCGAUGUGUAUGGAUCGUGAUGUGCGUGCUACUUGUUUGGCACGUUGCUAAUGCUAUCAUGCAU